GCCAAAAAGCUCAGCCGUCGUGGUGAGUGGCCACCUCAGGGCCCACCAGCACAGCCCUCGAGGCUCCCAGAGCCCAGGCACGGGCCUGUUUCCACAGCCACCGUGUGGUCAUCUUCAGCAGGUCCACGCGCAGAUGCUAUACUGAGAGGACGGGCUGGACCUCGAGGGAUCGCUGUCCGAACGGACCUCCAAAACCCUUGUGAAACGGAGAAAGAUAGGCCACCAUGGUCCGACCCUGAAGUGCCUUGCAUUGGAGGAGGAACCUUGCCAUAAUGCCAGUUGAUGAAUACUGGCUGUGUUUACCAGCCUCUUAGUUAGACCUUUCGUGCAGACGGUCAGGAUGAUGCAGUCAUGCCCCUGCUGUUGCUGGUUUCCAGGUGUCUUCCCUUUAGUCCCUGAACCGUCAUGCUUACCUGCUGCACUGCCUACGGGCAGCCACAGUGCCGCGCCUCCUCCACCUUUUCACACCGCACCCCCUUCUGCAUCCCAAGCAUCCUCUUCUACUGACACUAAGCUCUGCCUUUUGCCCCCCACAUCUGAUGAUAGGCAGGAGGAAAAUGUGCAGUCUGGGCUGGCUUCUCAGGAAAGCAGACUUCAAAAUACAGUGAAAAUGAAUGGCUCCAAGGAUCUCCCGGAGCCCUAUGACUACGACCUCAUCAUCAUUGGAGGGGGUUCUGGAGGACUGGCAGCUGCCAAGGAGGCAGCCAAAUAUGACAAGAAGGUGAUGGUUCUGGAUUUUGUCACUCCAACCCCUCUUGGAACUAGAUGGGGUCUUGGAGGAACGUGUGUGAAUGUGGGUUGCAUACCUAAAAAACUGAUGCACCAAGCAGCGUUGUUAGGACAAGCCCUACGAGACUCUCGAAACUACGGGUGGAAUGUCGAGGAGACAGUUAAGCAUGACUGGGAGAGAAUGACAGAGGCGGUCCAGAACCACAUUGGCUCUCUCAACUGGGGCUACCGCGUGGCCCUGCGGGAGAAAAAGGUCACCUACGAGAACUCGUACGGGGAGUUUGUGGGGCCUCACAGGAUUAAGGCAACAAAUAAUAAAGGCAAAGAGAAGAUUUACUCAGCAGAGAGAUUUCUCAUUGCCACUGGUGAAAGGCCGCGUUAUUUGGGUAUCCCUGGUGACAAAGAAUACUGUAUCAGCAGUGAUGAUCUUUUCUCUCUACCUUAUUGCCCGGGUAAGACCCUGGUGGUUGGAGCAUCCUAUGUUGCUUUGGAAUGUGCCGGAUUUCUUGCUGGUAUUGGUUUAGACGUCACUGUUAUGGUACGAUCCAUUCUCCUAAGAGGAUUUGACCAGGACAUGGCCAACAAAAUUGGUGAACAUAUGCAAGAACAUGGUAUCAAGUUCAUAAGACAGUUUGUACCAAUAAAAGUUGAACAAAUUGAAGCAGGGACACCAGGCCGACUGCGAGUGGUAGCUAAGUCCACUAAUGGUGACCAAACCAUCGAAGGAGAGUAUAAUACGGUAUUGCUGGCAAUAGGAAGAGAUGCUUGCACGAGAAAAAUUGGCUUAGAAAACGUGGGAGUAAAGAUAAAUGAAAAGACUGGAAAAAUACCUGUCACAGAGGAAGAGCAGACCAACGUGCCUUACAUCUAUGCCAUCGGUGAUAUAUUAGAGGGGAAGCUGGAGCUCACCCCCGUGGCCAUCCAGGCAGGAAGGCUGCUGGCUCAGAGGCUGUAUGGUGGCUCCACUGUCAAGUGCGACUAUGAAAACGUUCCGACGACAGUUUUCACUCCUUUGGAAUAUGGGUCUUGUGGUCUUUCUGAGGAGAAAGCUGUGGAGAAAUUUGGGGAAGAAAAUGUUGAGGUUUACCAUAGUUACUUUUGGCCAUUGGAAUGGACGAUUCCAUCAAGAGAUAACAACAAAUGUUAUGCAAAAGUAGUCUGCAAUAUCAAAGACAAUGAACGUGUUGUGGGCUUUCACCUACUGGGUCCGAAUGCUGGAGAGGUGACCCAGGGGUUCGCAGCGGCACUCAAAUGUGGGCUGACCAAGGACCAGCUGGACAGCACCAUCGGGAUCCACCCUGUUUGCGCAGAGGUGUUCACGACUCUGUCGGUGACCAAGCGCUCCGGGGGAAACAUCCUCCAGACCGGUUGCUGAGGUUAAGCCCCAGUGUAGAUGCUGCCGCCUAGACUCCAAACCACUGAUGUGUUUCUUGCCCAAGUCCAAGGCGAAGUGCUGCGAAAGGCUCUCGGGUUUGGCACCUGCGUGUCCGUGCUUACACUCCCCGAGGCCCCCUUGGAUCUCACGGGUGGGAGGUGAUUCGUGGAAGGCAGGCAGCAUUUGCAUUGGGGUUACUGUGAUGUACUCAAAACUGGCUUUUGGCAGAGCAUCAGAGUGAUGCGUCCAUGAAGUCACCAGCCCCAAGCCCCUCGCGGUGGGUGGUGAUGGAACCGUCAAAGCAGUUUUCUCUUGGCCUUUCCUUUGUGGGUUUUCUUACGUUCACCGUCAAGCUUUCUAAUGUUGGUUCUUUUUUCACUUUUUCUCCUCGGUGUUAGUGAUACUAGAGAUGAUAGCAAACAAUUUUGGUCCCAAAGCAGGUCAUGGCUACCAUGUGCAAAUACAAGCGACUCACCGCCGGGAAAGCAUGGGGAAGCUCCCAGGCUUGUCCCGGGAGAGACCGCCCUGUGGCCCAAGUCUCCUCCCAGAACCAGGGAAGCAUGGUUGGCCAGUUUGCUCACAUGCCACACCACUGGUGAUUGUUUUUAGUUCUGUUUGGAAAAGGCAGUGGUUACCUGGCCAGCCUAUCUGAAGGAGUCUCCACCGCAGAGGACUCGCUAGUGCAGUGUGGUUUCCACGUUCUUCAUCACGGAGGCAGAUGUAUACCUGAAAAGGGGAAAAACAAAAGACGUCUUUAUUUAGCCUGUUGUGUGCUGGUCUAAGUGAGCUGAGAUCUGUUGCAAUGGAAAACAUUUAGCGCUUGUUUAAAACUGUUUUGGGGAGUAGCUUUUGCUUUAAGCUGAAAUCACAAGAUACCAGAGCUUUAUUUUUCAUGUGUGCUAGGUAUCUAUCCCUUUGAGAACUACAUUCAUAGGAAAAAAAAGGUUUCUACACUUGACAAUUUAACUCUUGUGGUAAUUGCUUUGUUUUUAAAAGGAAGCUGUUAAUAUCAUAAUUUAUUAUUUUUGAACACAGGUGGAUGUGAAGGAUUUUCAUUUAAAAACCAAGUGGUUUUGACUUUUUCUAUUGACCGUAUUUGGUGGAAUUUGGGCAGAAGUGUUUAUGCUCUGCUGGCAUUCGAACUCGGAUUAUCACAAAGAGGUAUUAACCCUGCAGUUAGAGAUUUCCAGCUACAGCUACUGACAAUGCAUUAUAUCUAGGCCGUUUCCCCUCUACAGAAGUAGGAUGUUAAACAUGCUGUGGAUGGCAGGCCUCCCACCAGCAGUUCUUGUAGCCCCCCAGCCCUCUUUUUGGGUCUUCCCUCUGUGUGUGUUUCUCAGCCACAACACUGAGCGGUCGAUUCAAAGUACAUUUCUCGAUCACCUCAGGGAACUCGGUGUCUGCCCAGCAUUCGGUCAGCAGGGCCCCUGACCUCGCCUGUCCCACGGCCCUGCCUCAGCCCACCCCAUCUGGUUAUGUGGAGAGAAGGGAAAAGGAAAAAGAGAGGGGAAUUGAGGCAGCUGACUGUGUUCGGUUUUAUUUAUUAUUUUUUUAAUUUUUUAUUUUCCCCUCCAAGUCUGCCAAUUUCUGAAACUAGAACACAGGCAGUACAGGGUGAUCAAGCCUAAUCAUGUUGUGAUUCUGUCUUCUUCGUGGAAUGGAAUAUUCUGCCCCCACGAGAAGAGUCCCACCUUACAGACUUGUCUCUGUAAUCGCCCGUGUGUAUUGAAACUCAUUAAAUUCCAUGUAUUUUUGUUAUAAAUCUUCUGGAAGAAAAAAAAGCAAUGUGAAACAUUAAAAGGUAUUAAUAUCCA